CUGCGAUUUCCGAUACCAACCUACACUACCCGGAUAACCCGCCAGACGGUCACACUCCGCAGUAGUUUAUUGCGUUUGUCCCGUGUUUUAUAAUGAACUCUUCGCCAUGGGCCCCCAGACAAAUCGAAGUCGUUUCUGGGCUCUUUGCAGGGUUCUCGAAUACCAUAGUCACACAGCCUUUGGAUCUACUAAAGGUGCGUCUCCAGCUAUCCACCAAAGCUACCUCACAGCCAUUUGAGUUGCUACGCUUCGUUAUUCGGCAGAUACAUCAAGACGCCUCAAUGGCUCACAAAGCCCACAAUGGAAAAAGACCAUUUUCUUUGUUUCUAGCACAACAAUACUACCGGGGAGUGGGACCCAACUUGUUUGGCAAUGUGUCUGCAUGGAGCCUUUAUUUCACGUUGUACGCGGAAUUCAAAAGAAUCAUGGCCAAUAAUGAGGGGGAUGUGUCUUACUUUGGAGCAUCAGCUCUAGCUGGUGCCACUCUGGCUGUCAUCACUAACCCUAUAUGGCUUCUCAAAACUCGUAUAUUGAGCACAUCCGGCCAGCAGGAGAAUUCUUACCGGUCUUUGUUCGAUGGCGUGAAGCAAGUCAUAAGAAAAGAGGGAGUGUUGACACUUUGGAAAGGGACUGUUCCAAGCUUAUUCCUGGUAUUACAAGCAAGUCUCCAAUUCUCGUUCUAUGACCAUACGAAAGACUAUUUAAUGAGAGCCCUGGGAUCCGAGGACCUUUCUGCAUCACAAUUUAUUUUUGCCUCGGUGAUGUCCAAAAUCACCAGCAUGUCUUUACUAUAUCCAACACAAGUGAUUCGAUCUAGAAUUCAGAGCUACAAUCCAAAUAACGAAAACCGAGAUAUUGUUGGAGUCACCAAGAAAAUCUGGGCCUCAGAAAGAAGACUUAAAGGGUUUUACAGGGGGCUUUCUACCAAUUUAAUUCGUGUUCUCCCGUCCACCUGCAUUACCUUUUUGACUUACGAAACGACCAAGAAAUAUCUAGCGAGCUAAAUACAACGCAACAAGAUACCGGCUAUACGCGCGGGGAUUCUAUAAGUCUAAAUAUGUCAUGGUGUGCGCAAAAUUGUAAUAUAUUUAUUUUCGAAACAAAAUAAGACGUAACUCUGCG